AUGCUACUUUUUCGGAGUCAAGUACUUCGGAGCAUUCGCCAAUUGCCCCCCGUUUGCCCCACCUACGCCAAAAGGGGCAUCUCCUCCACAACCUCGGCAUUAAUCAGAAAGACCCGCCAGGCUCGUGAAAUCAGCCCCGAAGAAGUCAGAAGGUUUCAAGAAGAGCUCAAGAGACAGAAAAGUGGCGGCCACGGAACACGUAGUGGCCAAUUUUAUUAUCACGAUCAACCAUCAACAAACUCGGAUGCUUUCAGAGGCGAGCCCAGUCAGUUCAGAGCCGUAUUCGACUUUCCUCCCAACGAAAACGGAAUCAUAACAGAGGAUGACCCAAUUUAUGAGAUUUUAAAGGAACCCACGUUGGUUAUUGAAAGACAGGUUGAGUUCAUGAAUUUGGUGAUCGGCUUUGAGCAGGCAAACAGGUAUAAGAUCAUGAACUCCAAAGGAGACCAGAUCGGGUAUAUGGAAGAAAAGGACUUUGGCAUCAUGAAAGCAUUGGGUAGACAGUUUUUCAGGUUGCACCGGCCGUUUGAGAUUGACGUCUUCAACAAUUACGGUGAUUUGGUGCUAACCAUCAAAAGACCCUUUUCCUUCAUUAACUCACACAUCAAAGCUCUCUUGCCUGGAUUUGACUCCUUCGGUAAUCUCAUGCACGAAAUUAUAGGGGAAUCCGUUCAAAAAUGGCACUUGUGGCGCAGGAAGUACAAUUUAUUCAAGCUUGAAGACGAAGUCACGGACGAAUACGAGCAAUUUGGCGCCAUCGACUCAGGCUUCCUAGCGUUCGAUUUCCCCGUGUACAAUAGAGACGGUGACGUCAUUGCUUCUGUCGACAGAAACUGGGUAGGCUUGGGCAGAGAGUUAUUCACAGAUACUGGUGUAUACAUUGUGCGUAUGGACCCAGCGUCCUUUGCUGGAAUGGGCCUGCUAUAUCCUAGCGUCGCUGGCCCACUCACACUAGAUCAGCGUGCUAUUUUGUUGGGCAACGCUGUGAGUAUCGAUUUCGACUAUUUCUCUAGACACUCAAGAAGCGGCGGCGGGUUCCUCACAUUCAGCGACUGGGAGUAG